AUGUAUGUGCCAUUCUUCCACACUGCAGCGGACCGUGCUGACGGACAGCAGGGAUCGGAUAUCGCAGAUGGAUUCUUUCGGGCCACCGACCUCCAGUCUUCUAGUUCAUGUGUGGCCUCCGCUACAACAUACUUCCCGCCGCGACCUAUUGCCGAAUUUCUCACGGACACGUUCCUGCAGUAUGCGCAGACGAACUACUUGUAUUUCGACGAGAAGGCGUUCCGGGAGAAGAUGGACUUUUAUUACUCCAUCGACCGGCCGCUGGUGAUCGAUGACGCGGGCUGGGUUUGUACCCUUCUUAUGACGUUUGCAAUUGGCACGCAGUUUGCAUAUAUGCAGACUGCGCCGAUGCAAGGAAAGCCUCCGUCAUCACAGGACAUUCCCGACGAUCGCAUCGGACUGGAACUGUACCGGUUCUCUUGUCGCUUGAUUCCAGAUCUCAUCACCACUGCUUCCGUCGAAACUGUCCAGGCCUUCCUGUUGCUGGGAGUAUACACUUUGCCAAUUGACACCGCUGGGCUGGCCUACACCUACUACGGAUUGGCCAUUAAAAUGGCGAUACAGAAUGGCAUGCACCGGAGGCUCGUUGCUCCCACGAUCCCUCCUGCAACAGUGGAGUGGCGCAAUCGAUUAUGGUGGACUGCUUAUUCCCUGGAGAGUCGCAUCAGCAUCCUCCACGGCCGUCCUGUGUCGGUAUCCCCCUUGGAGACUGACGCCGAUAUGCCCACCGACCUAGCCGACCUGCGCCCUCCAAGUGGGUUAUCCAAUCUACCCAACGUCACAGCUACUAUCCACUUAACGCGCCAACUCGGGAAGCUGGCACAGGUCAUCCUACGGCUGCGACGGUGUCCGCGUAGCCACCAGGAUGUGUAUCUGCACCAGUUGAGCGAUAUACGAGCGGAGCGCAACAGAUGGUGGGAGUCGCUCCCAACCGUGGUGCAUUGUCGGGACCUGAGUCCGACUGGCCCCUUGUUUCGCUGCAAUGUGCACCUGGAGCUUAACUACGCCACGGCGAUGAUCUACAUGGGCCGGCCAUUCAUCUUCCUGCAGAACGAGCCUCACGAGGCACAGUCCGAGCGUAGCAACCGCGAAGAGCUUACCCGGACAUUCUCGGCAGACUGUGUCCAAGCGGCCGUCCGCAUCAUCGACCUGUGUCAAUUACUGCAAGAAUCCGUCGGCCUCGCCCGUGUCUCCUACACAGAGUUCAGCUCCUGCCGCGCGGCAUUACUCGCGCUGAUCGCCCAGCGUCUAACACAGUCGUCAGAGCGGACGUGCAACGCCCUGACCCGUGGCAUGGGCCUGAUCCGUCAGAUGAGCGUGGGACUGGAGUCCGCGCGGUCAGAGGUGGCCGUUAUCGAAGCGCUCGAGCGGGCGCGCCAGCAAUUAGACCGUCGCAGUGAACAAGAACCCCCGAUCACCCCUUCAGAAUCGGGUUACGACCAGUUUCAGAGGUGGGCCGAAUUGUGGCGUCUUGGUCCGUUGAGCUCGGAAGGUUUGCCUGCCGCGGAGGGUGUCGAUUCACCGGGAAAUAUUGGCAGCAUUCCGUCUUUUGAUGGGUUCUUCUCGUCUUUCCCACAGGAGCUUGAUGCGUUUGCCGCUAUACCGGGCUCUGAGGGUGAUGCUGCACCUGAUACAUUCUUUACGCUUCCGGAUAAUGAAUGCGACUAUCAGUCCGACGAAGAUGAUAAACCAGCCGUAAGCGCACUUGGUCCGCAUAGUCGAUAUUGGCUUCUGCCGACUCAAUGCGAUCGCGCCAAGUACCAAAUACGCGGUCCCAAAGUCUAG